UUAUAAGGUUUUCGUAGACAAAGAAGUACAGAGAGACACAGCCAGACGCUUUUAUAUUGAUUUUCUGCGCUUCUGCAAAUCCCCCACCAACUCCGCCGCCCUUCCUCCGCCGCCGCCGCCGCCCUCCGGCGACGACCCUUUUAGCAGGACGACGAUGGCGAUCUGCUACCAAUCUCCCUUCAAGCCCAUCACCACGCUCUCUCUCCCCAGAACCCACCAAACCCGCAAGACCCGACCUUGCGGCGUCGUCGUCGUCAUCAGAUGCUCCAAGACCCAGCUCCUGUCCACCGAGCCCGAGCCCGUCUUCACCUCCGUCCGGUCCUUUGCGCCGGCCACCGUCGCCAACCUCGGCCCCGGAUUCGACUUCCUCGGCUGCGCGGUCGACGGGCUCGGCGACCACGUCUCCGCGCGCGUCGACCCCAGCGUCCACCCGGGCGAGGUCUCCAUUUCCGAGAUCUCCGGCGACAACGCGAAGAAGCUCAGCAAGAACCCCCUCUGGAACUGCGCCGGGAUCGCCGCCAUCGAGGUCAUGCGGCGGCUCGGGGUCCGCUCCGUCGGCCUCUCGCUGUCCCUCGAAAAGGGCCUGCCUUUGGGGAGCGGGCUCGGGUCCAGCGCGGCGAGCGCCGCAGCGGCCGCCAUCGCGGUCAACGAGAUCUUCGGCGCGAGGUUGAGCACGGAGGAGCUGGUGCUCGCCGGGCUGAAAUCGGAGGAGAAGGUCUCCGGCUACCACGCCGACAACGUGGGGCCGGCGAUCAUGGGCGGGUUCGUGCUUAUCAGGAGCUACCAGCCCUUGGAAUUGGUCUCGCUGAAGUUUCCAGCCGAAAAGGAGCUCUUUUUCGUGCUGGCCAGCCCAGAUUUCGAAGCCCCGACGAAGAAGAUGAGGGCGGCGCUCCCGACGGAAAUCGGGAUGCCGCAUCACGUGUGGAACAGCAGCCAGGCGGGGGCGCUGGUGGCGGCGGUGCUGCAGGGGGACGUGGAGGGGCUCGGGAGGGCGCUGUCGUCGGACAAGAUCGUGGAGCCGAGGAGGGCGCCGCUGAUCCCGGGGAUGGAGGCGGUGAAGAGGGCAGCCAUCGAGGGCGGGGCGUUCGGGUGCACCAUCAGCGGGGCGGGGCCGACGGCGGUGGCGAUCACGGACGAUGAGGCGAGGGGCCGGGCCAUCGGGGAGCGGAUGGUGGAGGCCUUCAUGGUGGAAGGGAAGCUGAGGGCGGAGGCUGUGGUGAGGAGGCUGGACAGGGUUGGUGCUAGGCUUGUCAGCAGCAUUCCCCGAUGAUAAGCAAGCUCUUUCUGAUUCUUUCUUGCCACUUGGGCUCAGCGAUGUUAGCAGUGCUCAGUUUGGUUUUUUGAGGGAUUGUGGGUUGAAGUUUCUGGUUGUCAAUGACAGUUUGAUUCUGAGUGAGAUGAAUGUUCAGAAUGCAGAUUGGUCAUCUUUCAGUUGUCUCUUGUUGGCAUCUUUGGAGAUGCUUUUAAUGUUAGUGCCUGUGCCUGUCAUAAAAUGCCUCCCGUCUUGGGGAUGGAAAGAAAAUGAGAGAGAGAGCUACAUA